GAGCUAAAAGUCGAAAGAUGGUUGAACCAACCAAGAAGAGAGAAGAAAGUUCAUUCGUUGAUUCCUCAUAUCACGUCCUUGCAACUUCUGCUUAAGUUCUGUUUGAUGUAAAACGCCUGGAGCCGGGAUGAAGGAGGAUCCUGCACUUUUUACCCCAGUCACAGUCGUUUCUCUUCUCGCUUGCACCGCACAGUUUGGCGUCGGUUUGAUUUUGGCGCAAAUCUGCGGCAAAAAAUGUUCAGCAACCGAUAGGUGGGUCCUGGUCUGGUUGUUCUACGAUGCCAUCGUCCACUUCACUCUGGAGGGUUCGUUUGUUUACAUGUCACUGGUCGGAACCGUUGCAACAUCAGAUGGUAUUUUUGCCGAGUUGUGGAAAGAAUACGGGAAGGCAGAUCAGCGCUGGCUUCAUUCAGACCCAACCAUCGUAUCCUUGGAGCUGCUGACUGUCGUCUUGGACGGGUUUCUAGCACUGGUUUUGGUCUACGCUAUUAUUAAAGACAAGUAUUACAGGCACUUUGUUCAAAUCAGCCUGUGUGUGUGUGAGCUAUAUGGAGGCUGGAUGACCUUCUGCCCAGACUGGCUUAUAGGAAGUCCCAACCUGAAUACCAAGAAUUGGCUCUACCUAUGGGUCUACCUGGUCUUCUUUAAUGGAGUGUGGGUUGUGGUGCCUGGACUCUUGCUUUGGCAGUCAUGGAAAGAUCUACAGAAAUCACAUCAAUAUAUGAAGAAGAAUAAGAAGACGUAGAUAUGCAGGUUUGUCUGUUUGUUUAGACAGAAACAUUGAGAGACAGAACAGUGACAGUGAGCAGAUUCUGAAAUGUGAUUCCUUAUAUUGUCCUUAUAUAUAACUCAUCUGUUUAGUUUAGCUUAUUCUACAUCAUGAUUUGUAAUGUUGGUCCAAUUUGUAUUUCUAUGUAACUAUUUUAUAACUAUAUAUAUAUAUAUAUUUUCAUCUUCUUUUGUAUGGUGACCUUGAGUGUUCAGAAAGGCACCUUUUAAAUAAAAUGUAUUAUUAUUAUUAUUGUUAAUUUUUGUGACUUUGUCAGAUAUUAAUGCUUUUUAUCAAUUGUAAGUGUACCACACAGUGAUUUUUGCCCUAAUUACCCAAUCCUAACAGUAAGUGGAUUAUUUGUCGGUUCGGUUAAUGGAUCUUAACAAUUGUGGGGGGUUUUUUUUUGUUUGUUUGUGUUUUUUUUUUUUUUUAAAUUAUUGCACAGAUUUGCUGUCACACAUGAACUCAUUAUGAACUUGAUUACAUUUUAAUAAAUAGUUGUUUAAUAAAUUCUUUGGUGAACAAAAGACAAAGCAUAUGACUAAGUAAAUGAUAAGGUGUACCUGAAACACACCCAUGAAGUUACCUCUACCUCUUAAACACACACAACACAGCAACAUGUUAACUUUAAAAAAAAAUUAACAUGUUAAUUUUUUUAUAUUAUGAUCUUUGUAUUGCUACAGUCUAUAAUAAUUUACUUAAACCACCUAGUCAGUAUAAUGCAUUAAUAUGUACAUCAGUUUAUCCUAAGCUAUUCACAUAAAUAAAUCAGACAUUGCUUUAUUACACA